AUGGAGACGCCGCUGUUGAACGGUCCAACCAGCGAGCUCGAGCUUAUCGGCGACGACGGAGACUACCGGCCGGUGAAAGGCUUCAAGGAAUGGAAAGCAGUGUUUUGGAUUGAGACAGUGAAGCUAUGGAAAAUCGGCGGCCCAAUCGCGUUUAGCAUACUUUGUCAGUACGGAACCAGCUCGGUUACGAGCAUGUUCGCCGGCCAUCUUGGAGAGAUUGAGCUCUCUGCUAUCUCCAUUUCUGGAUCUGUCAUUGGUACAUUCGCUUUUGGCUUCCUGCUUGGCAUGGGGAGUGCACUUGAGACGCUAUGUGGCCAAGCUUUUGGAGCGGGGCAAGUUUACUUGCUUGGUGUUUAUAUGCAACGCUCAUGGAUAAUCCUAUGGGUAACCUGUAUCAUUCUCUUGCCAAUAUAUAUCUUUGCUACCCCAAUCCUGAAGCUCCUUGGUCAAGAAGAUGAUAUUGCUAAUCUUUCUGGAAUAUAUACCAUCCAAACUAUCCCUCAAAUGUUUUCACUAGCUAUUAAUUUUCCUACUUCAAAGUUCCUUCAAGCCCAAAGCAAAGUUGCGGUGCCUGCUUGGAUAGCAUUUGUGGCUCUGAUCAUACAUGUUGGGUUACUUUGGUUCUUCAUUUAUGCAUUUGAUUGGGGCACAACUGGUGCAGCUGUAGCAUAUGAUAUCACCAAUUGGGGAAUUGCGGUGGCUCAGGUCGUUUAUGCUGUCGGUUGGUGUAAGGAGGGGUGGACAGGAUUAUCGUGGUCCGCAUUCAGGGAGAUAUGGGCUUUUGUUAGGCUCUCCCUUGCCUCAGCUGUGAUGUUGUGCCUAGAGUUGUGGUAUAUGAUGAGUAUAAUUAUCCUUACUGGCCAUCUUGAUAAUGCAGUAAUUGCAGUUGGGUCCCUUUCCAUUUGCUUGAACCUAAAUGGCUUGGAAGCAAUGCUGUUCAUAGGAAUAAAUGCUGCUAUAAGUGUUCGAGUUUCCAAUGAGCUUGGACUUGGCCGGCCAAGAGCAACCAAAUACUCUGUCUACAUCACUGUCUUCCAGUCCCUCCUCAUUGGGGUUUUUUGCAUGAUUCUGGUUGUAGCAACUAGAAAUUAUUUCGCUGUAAUUUUCACAAAUAGCAAGGAUUUGCAACAAGCUGUUGCUCACCUUGCAUACCUUCUUGGUUUGACAAUGGUUCUUAACAGUGUCCAGCCAGUGAUAUCAGGUGUUGCUGUUGGAGGUGGAUGGCAAGCUCUUGUUGCCUAUAUCAACCUGGGGAGUUAUUACAUUUUCGGGCUCCCCCUAGGAUUCCUUCUUGGUUAUGCAGCAAAUCUUGGAGUGAUGGUAAGUGCAUAUAUUCUAGUUUGAUAAUCAAAAGGUACAUGGAGGAAACCAAUAGUAAGUAAACUA